AUGGCGGAUGUUGAUCGGGUAGUGCAAGAAGUUUUAAAAACAAUCCGUAUUAAGUCCAUUAAGAACGAACAGAAAUUAAUUUUGAAAUGUUUAAUCGAAAAUAGAGACUGUGUUGCGGUGUUACCAACCGGGUUCGGAAAAUCACUUCCAUUUCAAUUGUAUUUGCCAGUUAAGAGAGCUUUGGAAGAUGACGAGAGCUUUGGGAAAGUUAUCGUUUGUUGCCUUCUUGUUUCGUUAAUGCAGGAUCAGGUCAACAAGCUCUCUUCUCUUGGACUGAUUACGGCAGCUUUUAAAGGCAAAGACAAAGAGACAGAUGACUUGAUAGAAGCUGGAAAAGUUGACAUAAUUUGUGCAUCACCAGAGUCCUUGGUUGGAGAUAGCCGUUGGAGACAGACCCUUCAAAAACUGCAUGUAACUGCAAUAUUGGAGAAAGCAGCAAGAAAUCUGUCUUUUGACAGUGUUGAAGACAUAUUGGAUUCCUCCAGUGACAGUGAUACUUUGUCAUAUGAGUAUGAUUCAGGUGAUGAUGACCUUAAUGAAAUGAAAUAA